CUCCAGCUGGUAAGCCUGCUGCUGAUUGGAAUUGCGGCAUGGGGAAUCGGCUUUGGCCUCAUCUCUAGUUUCAGAGUUGUUGGUGUGGCAAUUGCAGUAGGAAUCUUCCUCUUCCUUAUUGCCUUAGUCGGAUUGAUCGGUGCAGUGAAACAUCACCAAGUAUUGCUGUUCUUUUACAUGAUUAUUCUUUUGCUAGUCUUUAUUGUCCAGUUUUCUGUCUCCUGCGCCUGUUUGGCACUAAACAAGGAACAGCAGAGUCAACUUCUGGAGGUGGGAUGGAAUAACACUAACAGCGCAAGAACAGAUAUUGAGAGAAAUCUGAAUUGUUGUGGAUUCAGAGUUUUUGAUCUGAAUGAAACCUGCUCCUCUGAUUGUUUCAGAAGUCGCCAGUGUCAACCAUGUGCACCGAUAAUAGAAGAAUAUUCUGGAAUGGUGCUGAGAUUUGUUGGAGGCAUAGGACUCUUCUUCAGUUUCACAGAGAUUCUGGGAGUCUGGCUGACAUAUAGAUACCGGAACCAAAAGGAUCCCCGUGCAAACCCUAGUGCGUUCCUUUGAUAAGUUUAUAAAGGACUAAAUCAUCUCUUUGCACCAUCUACUUCAAAAUACUGAUUCUCCAUAAUAGGGAUUCUACAUGUGCCCAAAAGAAAACUUUAUUCCCAUAAGAAAUUUGUAGUUUUCAUAUUUAAUUUUGCACUUUUUUUUCUUUCUAAAAAUCUUUAUCUUGAAGUAGACUGGUGCAUUCAGUAGCUGGGCAGAGCCAGACUGCUGCUCUGAGCUGGUUAAAUAACUCUGUUAAAACUUUGGUAAUUGAUGUAGUGAGCUCUAUGCAGUGAGUUUCGUAGCACUACUGGCUUCUCUGGUGUCCAAAAAAACCCAAAAGUAUUUUUUGCUGUAUUCACUGAUUACAAUAAUGACAUGAUUUCUCAUUAAAAUGACAAAAAUA